GUUUCAGUUUGCUCAUCUGUCAAGUGAGACAGGGUGGCGCAUGAGUCCUAGGCAGUGUCCGGGAAAGCAGUGAGGGUUGCUCUCAUCCCCUCUCCUCCUCCAUCUUCACCCAGAGGCUUAGGGUCUGGAGCUUUCUCUUUAACAAAGAAGGAGGGGCCAAGGUUGCCGGAAGCUGCCUGAAGCUGGACAGAGCUGGUUCCUGGAAAGAGCCGAUUCCCGGGCAGGCUGGAGGACAGGAGCUGGGGCCACGCUGGUCUGGGAUAGUUGGGCAGGGAGGCUGUCUACCUGGUCUCCAGAAUGGAUGGCCCUGUGGCAGAGCGUGCCAAGCAGGAGUCCUUCCACGUGGUCACACCUCUGUUGGAGAGCUGGGCGCUGUCCCAGGUGGCGGGCAUGCCUGUCUUCCUCAAGUGUGAGAAUGUGCAGCCCAGCGGCUCCUUCAAGAUUCGGGGCAUCGGGCAUUUCUGCCAGGAGAUGGCCAAGAAGGGAUGCAGACACCUGGUGUGCUCCUCAGGGGGUAAUGCGGGCAUCGCUGCUGCCUAUGUUGCUAGGAAGCUGGGCAUCCCUGCCACCAUCGUGCUCCCCGAGAGCACCUCCCUGCAGGUGGUGCGGAGGCUGCAGGGGGAGGGGGCCGACGUUCAGCUGACUGGAAAGGUCUGGGACGAGGCCAAUCUGAGGGCGCAAGAGUUGGCCAAGAGGGACGGCUGGGUGAAUGUCCACCCGUUUGACCACCCCCUAAUAUGGAAAGGCAACGCCAGCCUGGUGCAGGAGCUGAAGGCAGUGCUGAGGACCCCACCGGGUGCCCUGGUGCUGGCAGUUGGGGGUGGGGGGCUCCUGGCCGGGGUGGUGGCUGGCCUGCUGGAGGUGGGCUGGCAGCAUGUACCCAUUGUUGCCAUGGAGACCCAUGGGGCACACUGCUUCAAUGCGGCCAUCAUGGCCGGCAAGUUGGUCACACUUCCAGACAUCACCAGCGUGGCUAAGAGCCUGGGUGCCAAGACGGUGGCCAGUCGGGCCCUGGAGUGCAUGCGGAUGUGCAAGAUCCACUCUGAAGUGGUGGAGGACGCCGAGGCUGUGAGCGCUGUGCAGCAGCUCCUGGAUGAUGAGCGUAUGCUGGUGGAGCCUGCCUGUGGGGCAGCCUUAGCAGCUGUCUACUCAGGCCUCCUGCGGAGGCUCCAGGCUGAGGGCCGCCUGCCCCCUUCCCUGCCUUCAGUUGUGGUAAUCGUGUGUGGAGGCAACAACAUCAACAGCCGAGAGCUGCAGGCUUUGAAAACCCACCUGGGCCAGGUCUGAGGGGUCCCAUCCUGGCCCCAAAGACCCCUGAGAGGCCCAUGGACACUCCUGUGGCUGGAUGAGAAGGACUCAGUGCUGGUAGAUGGCAGUGGAAACUGCCCUGUGCAACCGUGCUGGCUGCCUCCUGAAGGAAGCCCACCUGGACUGCUCCUUUUGGCUCUCCGACAACUCCAGCCAAUAAACACUUUCUGAAUUGA